CAGGUCCCCUGCACCACCUUCUGCCAAAGCCAUGUGUGAAGAGGAGACAACAGCCUUGGUGUGCGACAAUGGCUCUGGGCUCUGCAAGGCUGGCUUUGCUGGGGACGAUGCGCCUCGCGCAGUCUUCCCCUCCAUUGUGGGACGCCCACGUCACCAGGGCGUGAUGGUGGGGAUGGGCCAGAAAGACAGCUACGUGGGGGACGAGGCCCAAAGCAAGAGAGGAAUCCUGACUCUGAAGUACCCCAUUGAGCAUGGCAUCAUCACCAACUGGGACGACAUGGAGAAGGUGGGAUUUCACUCCAAGGUUGCACCUGACCUUCCGGUCUUUAAGCAGACAUUCUGACCAGAAGCAGCU